UGAAACCGGAUUGGGGAACGCAGCGGUGCCAGGCGCUCCUCGCGGCGCUCCGCUCGGCUCCUCGCCCGGGCUGCGGGAGUUUGCUGCUAGCCAUGAGUUUAUCUUUGCUAAUGUAUCCGGUGCUGAGAUCAAUUGGCCAACAGCUACACUCAGCAGUUACUGGCAGCUACAUCCCUGGGACACAUUCCGUUGCGAUCAUCAACUGCCCCAACGAACAAACCGCACGAGAUAUUGCAAGGGCAAUUAUGGACAGAAAAUUGGCAGCUUGUGUGAAUAUCCUUCCCAGGACCUCAACCAUGUAUAUUUGGAAAGGGGAGAUCGAGGAAGGUACAGAAAUACUUCUGCUGGUGAAAACAAGGACGUCCAAAAUCAAGGAACUGUCAAACUAUAUCAGAUCUGCCCAUCCUUUUGAGAUCCCAGAACUGAUCAGCCUGCUCAUUGAUCAGGGGAACCCAGCCUACCUGAAAUGGAUGGAGGAGAACAUCCCUUAUGAUUAACCCAUCACAAUCUGGACGAUGUUUCUGGCUCACACAGGGCAACUAGUUGCCAGCUGUCCUGGAUUGGCUGUUCUUCUCUCUUU